CAAAACAAAACAUUGGGCAUAACCAAUAAAUAAAUAAAACAAUUUUGUGGAUUUGAAUUAUUUUGACUUAAGUAGAAUUAAGCAAAUACAGCAUGAAUCUGGAAUUAUUGGAAUCAUUUGGACAGAAUUACCCAGAGGAAUUUGAUGGCACACUUGAUUGUCUCUCAAUUGCAUUAACCUGUGCUUUUAAUAAAAGAGGAACUCUGCUUGCUGUUGGUUGUAAUGAUGGCAGAAUUGUUAUAUGGGAUUUCCUUACCAGGGGCAUUGCAAAAAUUAUCUCUGCUCAUGUGCACCCAGUCUGCAGUAUUAGUUGGUCCAGGACUGGGCACAAAAUGGCUUCAGCAUCAACAGAUAACACAGUUUGCAUAUGGUCUGUUUUGUCUGGAGAGUGUGAGCAAAAGUACAGAUUUCCUUGUCCAGUGCUAAAAGUUCAGUUUGAACCUAGAGGAAUUGAUCGACUGUUAGUUUGUCCUAUGAAACAUGCAGCUGUACUUGUUGAUACCAAUGGCAGUCAUCAAGUUUUACCUAUAGAUGAUGAUGCUGAUUUAAAUAUUGUGGCUAGUUUCGAUAGGAGAGGAGAUUAUGUGUAUACUGGGAACGCCAAAGGAAAGGUUCUAGUUAUGAAUGCUGAUACAUUAGAAAUUAAAGCUAGUUUUCGCAUAGUUUUGGGUACAUCAAAUGCAACAGCAGUUAAGAGCAUUGAAUUUGCCAGGCGUGGAGAUUGGUUUCUUGUAAAUACAGCAGAUAGGGUAAUUAGGGUUUAUGACAGCAAAGAAGUUAUGACAUGCGGUAUAGAUGGAGAACCAGAACCUAUACAAAAGUUGCAAGAUUUAGUCAACAAAACGAUGUGGAAAAAGUGCUGCUUCUCGGGUGACGGUGAAUACAUUUGCGCUGGUUCUGCCCGCCAACAUGCUUUAUAUAUAUGGGAAAAAUCUAUUGGCAAUUUGGUCAAGAUAUUGCAUGGUACAAAAGGAGAAUUGCUGUUGGAUGUAGCCUGGCAUCCUGUAAGACCAAUUAUCGCCAGUAUAUCUUCUGGCGUGGUUAGUGUUUGGGCACAGAAUCAAGUAGAAAAUUGGUCAGCUUUUGCUCCUGAUUUCAAAGAACUUGAUGAAAAUGUAGAGUAUGAGGAGAGAGAAAGUGAAUUCGACUUGACUGAUGAAGAUAAAUCGGUAGCAAGUGGAGGAGAAUCAAAAGAAGAUACAGAAAUUGAUGUUGAUGUGUGUGGCAUUGAACCUGUAGCGGCAUUUUGCAGCUCCGAUGAAGAGAACGAGAAUACCGAUUGUCUACAAUUUUUGCCAAUUGCACCAGAGGUGGAAGACCCGGAAGAUAAUUGGGUGCAGGAGAAUACAGCGCCGCCAGUGCAAUCAGCGGGUGCAUCACCUCCGUCGAAGAAGAAAAAGUACAAAGUUUACGAUGUCCAACUACAAAAUACAAACGAUGGAGAAGUGCAUCCCAUGUUGCUAAAAACGAAAGACAAACAAAAUAUUGUUGGCGGGAAAAAGGGGUCGGCCCGGCAACGUAAAUAAAACUGUAGUGUGUAUAUUAUUCAAUCCUAUAACUUCAAUAAUUAAUACUCUAGUAAGCGAAACUUAUGUGUUAAGUGUUGAAUUAUCAGAUAAUUUCUCAAAAUAAUAAAAAUACAUUUUUUUACUGCUUUCAAUAGUUCUUUAUAUGCUAUAUUCUACAACAGGUGUCGGU